AGAAAAAAAUUUUUCAUCAAGUGUAGAGGCGACAGCAAAAAUAUAUUCUAAUUUUAAUUCUUAAAUUUUACUCGAAUUUUUAACCAUUUAAAAUUUGUAAUUAUUUCCUUAUAUUAAACGCAAAUUCUUUAUUAUUGUCUGUCGCAUUAUUUGCUAGCAAUUUUGAAGCCCCACUACAUAAGAAAAUAAAUAAAAUCUUUGAAUAUAUUUUUUUUCUCUGUCUUUGACAUCAAAAUCAAUUGACGUGAAAAUCAGUUCACAGCGCUUUAAGAGUAGAGGAGAAAACACGUUCCAGUAUUCCACAGCCGUCUAAAGUUAAUACUUUUUCUCGGCUGAGGAAUGACAAGAAAAGAAGGUGUAGCUAUUAACCUUCGUUGAAAAGAAGAAGAAUAUAAUUAAAUUCAGAAAUAUAUUCGAAGAUUAAUAAAAAACAAAGUUUGCAGAAAGAAAUUUUCCGUGGGCCUCAAGGAAACGUAAACGGGAAAAAGGGCGGCAUUCGGCCACCCUAAUUACAAUAAUCAAUCGUACUCAUAUACACCAAGCACCAGGGCCUAUCAAGAAAUUUUGCCAAUCAUUAAAAGGAAACACUGAAUAAAAUUAAAAACUUAUCUGAAAUAUUGGAUAUUCAAUUGGAAAGAGCACUAUCGAAUACAUCAACGUACAAGGGAAAGGAAAUUGUGGCGUAAACUUUGCAUUGAUGGUAAUGCAUGCUAGAAAACCGCAACGCAUGAACGAUGGCUACUUUGAGAAGCAUCAAUCUCAUUCGUAUCAGACAAACAGGCUGAAUUAGGAUAAAACCAAAAGCAUACUGCAACUGCUCCUACUCCUAGCUCCUAAUAGCUAUCACUUCAUUUGUUGUUGUUGUUUGUUUGUAGUCAUCAAAACUUUUGUUGUUUAUUGUAUUGUUGUAAAAAGUCAUCAUUUCAUCAAAGCUAUAACAAAAUAAACACUACUCGAACUAACCAAAUUAACCAAAGAUAACAAAUACGAAGCGCCCCAUCAACUGAAUAGCUAACAAACAAACAAACAAUUAAAAACAGAAAGAACGCAAGAAAAGACACAAAUUCAUAAACGAGAGGGUGCCUCCAAAACCCACUCCCAUACAGUUUAUGUCUGCCACAAAUAGUAUUGCACUUGAUAUCACAACAACACUGGCAGCUGAGUGUAAUAAAAAUGCUGCUGCUGUCGGACUGUGUCGCAUCGUAGAUAGUUCCAAGUACAGUUCAAAACGAGAUUAUGAACGUGAUCGCUCAUCGAAUUAUCGCGAACGCGACCUUUCACCGGCUGGCGGUGGUGGACCAUUAAAUAAUGGUAAUAGUUCAUCGUAUCGUUCACAGUCACCUGAAAUAGACUCACCAUCAUCCAGAGGUCACGGUGGUUCACACGAUAUUAGAGAUCGUGGUGAUCAUCGAGGUGGUGGCGAUCGUUUCAGUUACAUACAAAAAAUGAGGGAUCGAGAACGCGAUAUUUAUAAAAAGGAUAAAUAUUCAGAUAAACGCGAUCGUCGUGGCGGUGAUCGUGAUUCUGAAUCCCAUCGCACCAAUCAUGACAGGAUUGAUAGACGUGGCGGUGCCGGUGGUGGCAGCGGCAGCGGAGCCAAGCUCUGCUCUUCCGGCAGUAGUGGCGAUAAGCGUUCUGGCUCUGAUGAUCGCGACCGUGAACGGGAACGUGAUCGCGACAGAGAUCGCGAUUUAAGAGACAGCAAACGUGAAAGGGAUUCUAUAAGAGAGCGUGAUCGUGAACGCGAUCGUGAAAGGGAUCGUGAUAGAGAUCGCAGCAAUCGUGGGGGUGAUGAUCGUGAAAGAGAUCGUGGUGGUGGCGGUGGAGGAGGAGGCGGAGGCAGUGGCGAACGUAAUGAUCGUGGUGAACGUAUUGCCAGAUGUGGAGAUUGGAGUGAACAUGUUAGUUCAUCGGGAAAAAUGUAUUAUUAUAAUUGUAAAACAGAAGUCUCACAAUGGGAGAAACCAAAGGAAUGGGUUGAACGUGAGCGUAAUCUGGCACGUGAUCAACACCGUGAAAAGGAUUAUCGUGACAAAGAACGCGAUAGAGAUCGCGAAGAACGCUUUUCCAGAUCAACAUAUAAACAUUCCAGUUCUCGUGGCAACUCUCGACUGAGGUGGAACUAUGAUAAUGAUAGCGGACCACCAAAUCACAGAAGGCGUAUAGAUGCUCGCUUAGCUGAUAAUGCCGACAUGGACAUUAGUCCAGGCGAUUCAACGCCCACAUCUGAGGCCAGCUAUUCACUGACUGGCACACCGACAACCCACGGCGGUGGCAAUCAACACAACGACCAAGCAUUGCCGUCAACAACAGUGGGUUUGCCUAAUGCGUUGCCACGCUUAGCUUCACAUCCCAAUGCCUCUAGUAAUAUGACCUCUUCCUCUGUCAAUGCCACAACACCAAGUGUAGCGUCAUCAUCUAUGCACUAUGCCGUGACGUGUGCUAAUCCCGCCGCUAGUGCCGUAGGUGGUUCAGGAGUAGUUGCCGGAGGCGCAACAAUGUUGCCCACAACUGGUCUUGCUUCGUCGAAUAUGCCAGCGGUAUCAUCACAGGGUGUAUUGCCCAACAGUGGUAGCAGUAAUCAUAGAAAAUUGGAUGCGGUAACGUCGUUACAUCAUCAAUCACAUAUGAUAGGAUCACCCAAUUCCACUAUAGCAUCGUCAUCGAAUCAAGUGGAUCAUCAUCUCAAUUCAAAUGCACCUGGUCAGCCGAAAAUGGGUUCUAAAGAUCCCACACAUUUAAUGCGCCAACAACAGCACCAUCAUCAUUUAAACACACAAGAUGGUCAUCACAUUUCCUCGUCAGCAGGAGAUAAUCAUACUGCCUCCGGACAGGUUAUGAAUUUAAGGGAAAACGCCUUAAAUUCACCUUUAUACAAUUUAACGCAUUCUCACGGCAUGUCUCCCAUGGGUUAUAGUAAAAGUCCCAUAACAUCUGUUGCCUCUGGCAGUGGUGGCCAUUCAUCAUCCGGCGUUGCUGUUUCUAUGACUAUGACACAUGCAAAUAAUGUAGGCGGUGGUGGUGUCAAUAUAUCCACCUCAUAUUCCUGCUCUAAUCCCUAUGGACUUAAGACUGUCGAUGGUGGCGUUAAUAGCAAUGUUGGCAUGAAUUCUCUCAAUGCUGCUGGGGGAGUUGUUAGUGCUGGUGGCAACAAUGCUUUAUGUUCCUCAUCGAGUUUAUCUGUUACUCCCAAUGUUAAUAUAAGCGGUGCAAUUGGUAGCGGUAGUAGCGGUGGCGGCAACAGCUUGGGAGUAAUACCCGGUGAGGGCCCACCGACUCCUACACAGGAAUUAGAUUUAAGUGGUAAUUCAUCAAUAGAUCAACAACAACAACAAAGAAAAUUGGAUGGUACAUCGUCAGCUUCGUUAAGUACGUUACAGAGUUGUGUUUCCAAUUCAAUACAAGCUGGUCGCUCGCAAGGCCCCGAAAUCUCUACAAAACUUAGCAAGUAUUUUAGAGCCGAUUUAAUAACACAUGUUACCAAUUGGGCAGCAGAUCAAUUAGAAAAACAGGCGCAAAAAUGUUCAGAAGAAGCACAUUUAUAUGGAGAUUUACAGUGUACAAAAGUGUCGGCUGAGCUAAAAUGUGCGAGAAGUUUAGUUAGAAUUACUGAAAUUACAGCCACACUACAAGAACAAAAGAUCAUGUAUUUGCGCCAACAAAUACGUCGAAUAGAAGAAUCAAAAUCACAAAAUUCAUUCAUGUCCGAUGAUCUUUAGCCAACUACUUUUAGAGCAAUCUAAGCUAAGGCGUAAUAGAGAGAUUCUUUUUAAAAAAAAUACAUAAUGAUACAAACAAAAAAAAAGAAAUGCUAAAUGCAAUGUGCCCCACAUAAUGUUUUGAGGUAAUAAAAUAAAUACAAUUCAAUACAAUACAAUAGAUAAAAGAAAAAGAACCAUUUACAUACAUUAAAAUGCAUUCAAUUCAGCAACAUUUUUUUUUAACAAAAAAAAAAAGGAAAUAGAAAUGGAAAAACACAAAUAAGAAUAACUGCAAAAAAAAGGAAAAUACGCAAAAAAAAAAAUAAGUAAAUAAAUACAAUUGAAUAAUAAGAUAGUACUAUUAUAAUUCGUAAUUAUAACAACAAAAAGUAAAAUAAAACAAAAAUUAUAAUAAAAUAAAAACACAAAACAAAUUAUUUAAAUAAAUACUAAAAGAAAACUAAA